GUUUAACAACUUCCUCCUUAUGUCUUCAGUUGUGGGAUGAAGUUGAACCUGGACUACCUGCUGGAGACGUUGUGGGAAUACCUGGCUCUGAUUUGCAUUUACACUAAGAAAAGAGGAGAGCGCCCAGACUUUGGUGAUGCCAUCAUCAUGAGAAGAGCUGCAACUGUAGAACAUGUGUGUCAUCGAAUCCACAGAACCUUAGUCGGACAGUUCAAAUACGCCCUGGUUUGGGGAACCAGUACCAAGUACAGCCCUCAGAGGGUCGGCCUGACGCACAUCAUGGAGCACGAGGACGUCAUCCAGGUCGUAAAGAAGUAAAAGAAGCUCCUGAUCGAACAGAGGAGAGACUGAGGAGACGGGCUAUUGUUGGGGGUGUUGAAAGACCCACUGUACAGUAGAUAAACAGCAAUGAAAGAAAGCAACCAUUCUUAUUUUGUAUAUUAAAGUUAAUAAAAUGCAUUGAAGAGACAGAGCAGACUGCAGUUGGCUGUGGAAAUGAAAUGGCUUAUUUUACUUUUUGAUUAUAAAAAGAUGCGUUGAUUCAGAGAUAAAAGGAGGGGGGAAAGAAUAAACUCCAUAAAAUGUUAAAUCAA